CGGCGGUGCAGGGCCAUAAAGGGCCGUGGCGGGCAGCGGCGGGGCUGGCGUGGUUGCUCGGGGUGAGCGGCGGGGCCGAGUUUCUUUGGAGAAGAAAAGCCCUAAGAUGGCAGGCAAAGGAAGCAGCAGAGCAGACUCCAUGUCCUGCAGUGUACUGAACUGGGAGCAGGUCAGCCGUCUGCACGAGGUUCUCACAGAGGUGGUUCCCAUCCAUGGGCGGGGGAACUUCCCGACGCUGAAGAUCACUCUGAAGGACAUUGUUCAGACCGUUCGGGGCCGGCUGAGCGAAGCCGGCAUUGUGGUCCACGAUGUCCGUCUGAACGGUUCUGCAGCUGGUCACGUCCUGGUCAAGGAUAAUGGGCUGGGAUGCAAAGACCUGGAUCUCAUUUUUCAAGUUUCUCUUUCAAGUGAGGCAGAGUUUCAGUUAGUUCGAGAUGUGGUCUUGAGAUCCCUCUUGAAUUUCCUGCCAGAAGGAGUAAGCAAGCUGAAAAUCAGUCCCGUAACACUGAAGGAAGCCUACAUCCAGAAGCUGGUCAAAGUGUACACGGAGACUGACCGUUGGAGCUUGAUAUCACUUUCCAACAAGCAUGGCAAAAACGUGGAGCUUAAGUUUGUAGACUGCAUACGGCGGCAGUUUGAGUUCAGUGUGGACUCGUUCCAGAUCAUUCUGGACUCCCUGCUCUUUUACUAUGACUACUCGGAAACACCCAUGUCGGAACACUUCCAUCCAACUGUGAUUGGGGAGAGCAUGUAUGGAGACUUUGAAGCAGCUUUUGAUCAUCUCCAGAACAAGCUGAUAGCUACCAAAAAUCCUGAAGAGAUCCGAGGUGGUGGGCUGCUGAAGUAUAGCAACCUCUUAGUACGAGACUUCAGGCCCAUGGAUAAGGACGAGAUCAAAACGCUGGAGCGCUACAUGUGCUCCCGAUUCUUCAUAGACUUCCCAGACAUCCUGGAUCAGCAGCGCAAGCUGGAGACCUACCUCCAGAACCACUUCUCCAAAGAAGAGAGGAGCAAGUACGACUACCUCAUGAUUCUGCGCAGGGUGGUGAAUGAGAGCACCGUCUGCCUCAUGGGGCACGAGCGAAGGCAGACUCUCAAUUUGAUUUCUCUGCUGGCACUCAAGGUGCUGGCAGAACAGAACGUCAUCCCUAAUGCCACUAAUGUCACCUGUUACUACCAGCCAGCACCUUAUGUCAGCGAUGCAAACUUCAGCAACUACUAUCUGGCAAGUGCCCCUGUGCUGUACAGCCAGUCCUACCCCACUUGGUUGCCUUGCAAUUGAUUGCUUCCCUCGAGUGCUCCUGGCUGGAGACUACUGAAAGCCAAGAGUGUAAAUAUAGACGAGUAAUAAGUGUCAGUUGGAUGUUCUCUAAUGGAAACAUGACUGUAUCAGACUGUCCAUUUCCUGGUGUGCAGUGGGAUUAUGCAGCCAGGUGACCUGCUAUGAAUCUUUAAGUGUAUCUCUACAAAUGCCAAAAAGCCUUAUUACCUCUUCAUCAGGGGAAGAGAACCAGCAGCCAGAUGUUAAGAGGAAUAAUUGAGAAACUUUGUACUAGCUCUGGAAGUGGCUGUUAACGUGGGAUCUAAGUGGAGUAUUCAGUAAACUGGGUUGGUUAAUUGACUGUAAAAUGCCUUAAGCAGAAGCUGCUCCUGGAGUAGCAGCAAAACUCUGCUUUCUAUUUCCUAACCUCAUUACUCUUCCUCAGUCCAAGUUCUGGCCAAAUUUCUCUUGAGCUAAUUGUGCCAAGACUGGGCUCAUGUUAUGCUUGGGUCGCUUUCACUUGGUGUCUGUGUAGAGCUGGUAACAGCAUGGAUACUGUCUGUCUUGUAGAGGACAUAAAUGUUGUUUCCUGUAGUGCCUGUGGCGAUGUGGUCCUGCCUUGAGUUCAAGACUAAUUUAUUGGAAGUUGAAGAUAGUUUAGUAAGUCUAUUCAUAAAGCAUAAGAUGGUUAAAUUUUUCUUGACUACAAAAACUUGGAAGGUGGCAUUUCUAAAAACACACUAAAACAUAAUCUAAAACUUGGUAAUGUAAAAAGUUCUUGAAAGGAGAAAUUGAAGCUUUAAAUAGAAUUGGAGCCACAGUUUGAACAGUGAACUUGGAAAAAUAUUCUUGAGUCCAGCAUGAAGCUAAAGCUUUUCUGACUAUCUUUCAAGACAAUUUUGGCACAGUUGGAAAGUAGCACAGCUCUUACUUUGGGGUUUGACCAGAUUUUCUUCCUCACAGGUCUGCAGCAAAACCAACAAAAAUCCCAAGUCACUAUAAGUUGCAGGAUUAUGUGCACUCCUGCCACAGUAUGAAUUCUGAAGUGCCUCCUAAAAUGAAUUUCUUAUUGUCCAACUUCAGGCCGGUCCUGAAGGUUUGCCUUUCUGUCACCACUGAGCUUACUGGGUUAUCCCUAUCACCUGAUCACUGUAUGAGACAGCAUUUUGAAUGGUUAGGGUAAAAUUCUUCCUUUUUACUGCUCUUAACCCUCACUUGAAGGGGUGUACAAACGCUAAGCAGAGCUCUCCACAGAAGCUGUAUGUGUUGAAAGUUUGGGCCUGAGUUCAGAAUAGUCUCUGGAAGAAUAUGCACUCCCUUGGAGGUACAGAGGGCUGAUCUUCCUGAAGGGUGUGUGCUGAACUUGCUGCUUUGAGACUCCUGGGCUUCAUAAGGAAGGUUAAAAAUUCCUCAAUUAUUUAUGUAGUGGUGUUAUUAACCGGAUGAUCUUCACUGAAUUAUAAUAGUAAAAUACAUAUAACAAUGAUCUUGAGUUUUUGUUUAACCAGAGAUGUAGACUAGAAAGGCAAAUCUUAGAGCUAUUUAUUAUGUGCUGGUGCAAUGUUCAAGAAUGCUUGUUCACUGAAUCUUUUUUAUUGCUUCUAUAACUAUUUAUUACUGUUUCUGCAAGCUUGUAAGACCGAAGUGCCUGAUCCAACAAAUUAUUAAGGCUUAGAAGGUAAAGCAGAAAGCAGGUGGAACACCAAUGUUUGGUUGCUAUUCAACGUGGAAAACAGCAGCAGCACUGUGCUUAAAUAAAAGUAAAAAAUGCCUGCUUCUCAAAAGACCAAGAAGUUCUUUCCGCUUUUCAUAACUACUUUGUAAAGACUGUCUCAACAGAGCAGUGAGGCUACUUCUCUGUUCAGACUUCAUUUAGCUUAGGAAGGCAGGGAGGGACACAGUCUACUAAGUGGACUGUGUGUAGCUAAGCAGGCUUUAGCCUGCUGUUCCUGAACAGUUUUGAUAGCAACUUCGGUAGCAAAAUGACAAAUAAUUUGGUGGAUUAUAUUGUGAGCUUUUUUCAUUAAAGGCUUCCUGAUUAGUCAGCCAAAGUAGCUAAACUUGAAAGCAAAGCCACCUUUUUCAUUAACUGUGGCUUGGACUUGGUGUGGUUUACAGACAAGACAUCUGUCAUCCAAGACUUUGACUUUUUAAAAACUAUCAUGAUGCCAGUGUUGUCAUAUGUGUUAAACUUAGUGCAAGCUUACUGCUGGAAUGCAGUCCUAGACAAGAAUAACUCCUGCAUGGAAAGCAAUACUUGGCCUAGUAUAGAGUGUCACUAUAAAGAAGACUUAAGAGUUUGUAAUUGCUGCCAUCUCUUGCAUAGAUGUUUUUGAAGCCAGCCUAUGCUAUAGCCAUUGCAGAAGUGAACAGUUGCCUAGAAGGGCUCAGACUCAGGUAUCUGCCUUCUCUCUGAUGUCAUGUCUGAUCUUUAGGAACUGUUUUUGUGCAUUGGCUUGCAUGGAAGAAGUGGUGAGAUGCUUGGGAGGGGUCCUCACAAGCUGGAAACACAGACUUGUUUUAUUAGUCUUUAAUGCCUUGGCUGCUGGACAUCAGGCCAGGUGCAUCUCCUGGAAAAGGAAAUCCUAGAGAAGGAGAAAAGGCUGGAUUGGAUUCCUAGUGAGACAGAGCUAUGGAGAAGUUAAGUUUCCUGCCAUAACUAUUGUGCUUUUGCUGUUGUAACUUGAUGCUGAGACCUCUGAGGAAGCUCCACAUUGAGUUGCUGCUUUCUGAGCAGCUGCGUGGCUGGGUUUGAGCUUUGCAGGACUCCUGUGUUCCCUGUUUGGCAGCUUGAUGGUGCCAGUGGCAGUGGCUUAACUUGGGUUAGCUGGUUUGGGUUCAGGUUUGUGGUGACCCUUGUUGCAAGGGGUAAUUUGAGAAUGAGCACUGGGUAAAAGUGAUGACCCUAGGCUGAGUCUAGGAUGCCUGCUUGGUUCAGUCACUCCUCAGCACUAAUAAUGCCUCUGCAAAUCUCUUCUAACCUCUUGUGUGUCAUGUGGGGCUUAGGGAGAGACUACUGUACUUCAGACUGUUACCUGAUACAUUCCCUCUGGGCAGUGGCAUUAAAACAAAGCUGCAGUAACACGCAGUGCAUCAUUCCUCAGGAUCAAGCUUCUACUAACUAGGCUGUGGUGUAAAAUAGCUGUUUGCUUGGUGUAGCUUGUCAGCACUGCUGGACAAAGCCAGUCUGAGGUUCAGCACCUGUUGACAACAUUUAUUGCCAAGUUCCCCUUGACUUGCAGUUUGUUGUUGUGACUUCCACUGUAAGAUAGACUUUUUAUUUGACAGAGAUGCUACCAAAGAGACCUGGUAGAAGACUGUGUUUUAGUCACUUUGGUAAAAGUCCUGUGCUCAUCCAUGGUCACUGUAACAAGUUGUAAGCUAAAGCAUAGUUUGUGCUUCCUCUGCUAAAGAUUUAAUUAUUGCUGUGUUUGUCCUCAGCUCUGUCAGUCAAUCACUGAGCUGGGGGUUUAAGACUACUGCUUGCUUCUGGACAACCAUUUUUUCAAAAGAUCUUCAUGCUUUCACUUAAUCAUCUCCUCUACAUAGCAGUAGGUAGUAUUUAAAUCUAGUCCAAAUACCUAGAGCUUUUUAUUGAAACCUAAAGAUUCAUAUUUUGGACUUGAGUUCUGGAGUUAAGCAUUUGGUAUGUGCCUGGGCUUUGUGGGUUCCCAAUUCCUAGAAUAACCACUGAUGUUACUAGUGCUCUCUGCUUGUCACCAUAUGAGUAGCUGGGAAAAGGCCUCUUAGAAGAGAACCUGGACAAAUUGCCUUAAUCCUAAACUGUCGGUGUACUGAUGGUACUUGUUUUCCAUUCCUGUCACUCAGCUCAGUCAGGAUUCUGUAAUUGUUAGGCACAGGAAUGAGCAGUAAGUUGACUGCAGCCACCAGCAGCUUGGUCUAAUUUGGGCACUGGGAGAGCCAAAUGAAUAAUACAACUUCUAGCCCUUACACCUAAGUCUUGCUCAAUUGUUUCUUGAAUACAGUUAAGUGUAUUUCAUAAAUGUUCUUUAUUUUCAGUGAAGCUAGAUAUACAGUGAGACAUUGGUCUGUAGUAGAAACUUUGGGGGGAAUGGUUGGUGCACUCUGGAUUUUCUCACUUAAAUGUCUGGAUUGGGCUUGUCUCUCUGAAUAAAACUGCACUUCCCAUUGAAAUUUAGAAGGCCUUUUUUUCCCUGUGUUUCUAAUUAUUUUUUACUAUUCAAAGAAGUCAGCUCUUGGAAAACCUGUCUCGCAUCUCUUUGGAAAAAGUGAUUUUUUUUUUUUCUUUCUCCCCCUCCCUCUGCUUUUAGCUGGCAAAACAGGGUACUAGAAAUACUUGGAUUUGUGAUGAGCCCAGAUGUGAGAUUGGUCACAGUAACUUUGUCUACUGUUCUGCACUGUGGUGUUCACUUGUCGUCCUUGGAAAUUGGGGUUUGGACCUUAAUGAUGCUGAAAUCCUUGUGCAAAUAAACAUAUGCUAAACAA